AUCUCCUUGUUGAAUCUCGCCAUCCAGCAGCUUCUCCUCGGGACUCGGACAUCAGCUUUGGGAAUCACACUUCUCAGACAUAUCGCCUGUCAUUUACACUCUUUCGAUAUGCGUUCGGCAAACACUCUUCUCGGUCUCCUCUCUUUGGGACUUGCACUCAUUUCGGAGCAUGCUUUGGCCCAUCCUCUCACGGCCACUGAGGUCGUCAGGAGAGGAGAUGACGAAUGGCUUAGUCCGCAAUAUACCCUCUUCCAGGCUCCACUGGCCAUCCCUUCGGUGAUCAAUCCAUUGACUACUCACACCAACACCACCUCCGGAGAGGUCAUCGAUUUCUUCCAGAUUUCGAUUCAGGAUUUCACUCAGCAAGUGUAUCCCAACAAGCCCGCCACCGCGCUUCAGGGAUACAAUGGCCAGUUCCCGGGGCCUCUCUUCCGCACCACAGUGGGACGCCGCUCUGUAGUCCGCUUCAUUAACCAGGUUGCAAAUCCCGCAUCGAUCCAUCUCCAUGGAUCUCCCACCAGGCCUGUCUGGGAUGGUUGGGCGGAGGACCUCAUCCUUACCAACCAGUACAAAGACUACUACUACCCCAACGAGGGUGCGCGCACGCUCUGGUACCACGACCAUGCCGUUCACAUCACCGCUGUGAAUGCCUUCAGGGGACAAGCUGGUGUCUACAUCCUCUCGGAUCCUGUGCAGGAGGCCGCAUUGAAUCUCCCCCAGGGGAAAUACGAUGUUCCGCUUGUGAUCACCGACAAGAUCUACAACAGCAAUGCACAGCUGAUCACUCCCGAGGGAGAGGAAGACAGCUACUACGGCGACGUGAUCCACGUCAACGGCAUCCCCUGGCCGUUCCUCACCGUGGAGCCGCGCAAGUACCGCUUCCGCCUCCUGGACGCCAGCGUCAGCCGCUCCUACAAGCUCGAUAUCCGCCGCAGCAACGGCGCCAAGAUCCCGAUGGUCGUCGUCGCCACCGACAGCGGCUACAUCCAGGGCCCGGUCUCGACCAACACACUGAUCUUGGCGAUCGCCGAGCGCUACGAGAUCAUUGUCGAUUUCUCCGCCUAUGCGGGCCAGACCCUUACCAUGCGUAACGCCCGUGACUUUUCCAGGAACGAGGACUACGCCAAGACCAACUAUGUCAUGCAGUUCAGAGUCGGGACUACCGUCACGAGCACCGCUGGAAACGGACCAAUCCCGUCCACCCUUGCCACCAUCAACUACCCCACCAAGACUGGUGUCGACCACGCCUUCGAAUUCGAGCGCUCCAACGGCGAAUGGCGGAUCAGCGACAUCGGCUUCGCGGACGUGACCAACCGCGUGCUCGCGGCGCCAGCCAAGGGCGGCGUCGAAGUCUGGGACCUAAUCAACAACUCCGGGGGGUGGGCGCACCCGAUCCACAUCCACCUAGUCGACUUCAAAGUCGUAUCGCGGACACGGCGGGGCGUAGAGCCCUACGAGAUCGGCUUCAAAGAUACGGUGUUCCUCGACGAGAACGAGCAGGCGCGGGUGAUCGCGCGCUUCCAUCCGUGGGCGGGUGAGUACAUGUUCCACUGCCACAACCUGGUGCAUGAGGACCACGACAUGAUGGCGGAAUUCGACGUCGGCAAUACCAGGGCCGCCCCUGCGUAUAGAGAUCGCUUCAGUAAUCCUAUGACGCAGGAGUUCCGUGCUAGCCCGUACACCACCACGGAUCUCACACAGGUGCAGAAUACAGUCCUCCCGUUCUUUUCGGGGCUCGAGGCGUAUAACUUCCCCGUUUAGAGGAACACGGCUAUAACGCGACUUUCUUGCGUUUUUUGCUUCUCUUUUCUUUGCAUUGUUGUCUGUUUUGUGCGAGGUACAUAAUGGCCGGAGUUGGGUUGGGUUGGGUUGUUCGGGUUGGGUUGGGUUGGG